AAGGGUAAAUGGGAUCGGAAGGGCCUUCAAUCGUGACUGUCCAUGUUACCGGAUUUAAGAAGUUCCAUGGUGUUGCUGAGAACCCGACAGAGAAACUUGUGACCAACAUUAAAUCCUUCAUUGAAAAGAGAGGGUUGCCAAAAAAUCUUGUACUUGGAAGCUGCGAAAUUCUCGAAACAGCCGGGCAGGGGGCGCUUGGAACACUAUAUAAAGUUUUAGAAUCUGCCAUUGCAGAUAGAGAGAACGGGUCAUCAGCUCAGGGGCAAAUAAUUUGGGUCCACUUUGGGGUGAAUAGUGGUGCAUCACGGUUUGCUCUUGAGAAUCAAGCUGUGAAUGAAGCCACCUUCCGCUGCCCAGAUGAGCUUGGGUGGAAACCUCAGAGAGUCCCGAUUGUCCCGUCUGAUGGAAGCAUCUCACGGACAAGAGAGACUACACUGCCAGUGAAAGAGUUAACCAAGUCACUCCGAAAGACAGGCUACGAUGUGAUGCCUUCGGAUGACGCCGGGCGAUUCGUGUGCAACUAUGUGUACUACCACUCUCUCCGGUUCGCGGAGCAGCACGGCAUCAAGUCUCUGUUUGUGCAUGUGCCCCUCUUCUCGACGGUCGACGAGGAGGUCCAGAUCCAUUUCGUCGCUUCCCUCGUCGAAGCUCUCGCUAGCUUGAACUAGGAACGACAACUCAAAAGGUCAGCGGUUUGACCUGGAAAAUGUAAAGUUGGACGCAGACUGAAUAAGAUUGUGUGGUGAUUGGCGCCUAUUGGUCAGAUCUUGCUCCAAAGAAGGGUGUAUUUAAGGGGAGAGAAAAAAGAAAAACGAUGCUUAGAGUGUGUGUGAAAUGCCGGCUUGCAUGCCAUCAGUUACAUGUCCUUAACCUGCAUGAAAACCUGGUUCCAAUAAAAUUGACAGAUCGUCGGAGUGGA